AUGCGAGAUAUGAAUAUCUAUUCUCCGCUAUAUAGCUCUUAUGAAAAUAUAAAUAUAUAUAAACGCAUCAAGAAGAUUAGUGACCAUAGUGAAACAUCUACCGACAAUAUAUCAUGUGACACCAAGGGGAAGAUAUUAGUAAAAGAUGCGGAAAAUGAAAAAAUAGGACCCAUAAAUAAAAAUAUGACAAAAAAUUUAGAGAAAAAUGAAAAAAAUCAAAUUUUGUAUAUUCCCCCCAGAGGAAAUAAUAUAAAGGACCUAGUUUUUUUUCAAAAUACCAAUCACGAAAAUUACCCACUGAAUGGCUAUAAUAUGCCACCAAAUAAAAUUAUUAAUUCGAUAAACCCAAUAAGUUAUGCUUACUUAAUGUCGAAUAAGAACGGUUUUUAUAAUAAACAAAAUAGUAUACAGAAUAAUAACACCGAAAAUUAUGUUAAUAACUUAAAUAACAAACUAAAAAAUCAAAUUAAUAAUAUGCAUAAUGAUGAUAAAAACUACACAGAAAGAUACGUUUUAAGUGGGAAUAAUAACGCUACAAAGCCUAAUAUUUCAAAAAUUGUAGAUAAAAAUAAAAUAAAUAAUUAUAUACCCCGCAAUGCUCAUAAUUUAAACACUAAAAAUAAUAUGCUUUAUAAUCAUGGAAAUUAUAUAUAUAACAAUUAUAAUGAAGAAAUAUUAAAUCAAUACAAUCAAGGGUCAAACAUUUAUAGAAGUAUGUCUUGUGAUAAUGUCAAUAAUACUACCAAUAGAUAUUCUCAUUCUUUCGAUAAUAAUAAAUUAACAUUUUUGGGACCAUUUGUACCAUUAAUUCCUAAUAAUAACAUAAAAGCAAAUACAAAAAUGCGCCAUGGAAAUAAUAUGAUAAAUUUAUCAUUUAUUCCAAAAAAUAAUGUUCAAAGGCGUAGUAGUUCGUAUUUAUUAACCCCCUUAAAUAAAGACAAACAAAAUUAUAUAAAUAUGAAUAGAAAAGCAUUGAAUCCAAAUGACCAAUUAAAAAAAAAUAACAAUAAAAAGUAUUCCUUUAAUUUUUCUGACUAUUUCUCAUUUUGUGAAAAUCCAAUGAGAAGUGCAUCUAUAGAUCAAAGUGUUGGUAGCUCAUUUUCAUACGUAAGAAGAAAAGGAGGCAAGGGUCCAUCUACCACAAAUCGAGAUAGAAAGAAUACCUUGACAAAAAUAUAUAAUUUUUUAUUUCCUUAUAAUCAAAAAGAGUCCCUUGAAAAAAAAAAUACAAUAAAAAAUUACAAUCCUAAGAAUAAUUCUAUCAAUUAUACCCAAUUAAAACACUCAAACAAAAAUGAAUCAUUUUGCAUAAUAAAUAGUAACUCAAAAGGGGGAAUACAGCAUUUAUACCAUACCAAUAAUAGAAAGAAUAAAGAAAAUAAUAGUAAUAUUUUUAAUGAAAAUUAUGCUCACAAUUCGUUUAUUAACAGAAAUGGCACCGUAUCGCCAUUUAAUAAUAUACAAAAUGAAACCACAAACAAUGCCUAUAAUUAUUAUUAUAAAUAUUAUAGUCCUGAACAAAUGAAAAAUCCCUCUUUCUUAUAUAAUACACAUCAUAACAAUAAUAAUAUGGCUUUUGGAAAACAAUAUUUAUCUAAAAAUGGAAAAAAUCAAAAUAUGAUUAAAAGUUCAAAUGAUGCUAAUUUAACAUUUUCUAACGUGCACCAACACAUAAAUUCCAUUCCCAAAACAAACAAUAAUCCAAAGGGGCCGAAUAUGGAAAACACAAUUCUCAAUAAUAAUUAUAAAAAUACCAAUAUAUCAUAUUUACCAAGCCAAUACAAUAAUGCUAAUACGAAUAGUGAUGCAAAAACUUAUCUUCAAAAUAUAGACAAAAUUGAUUGUGACAAAAAUUAUAACAAUACCAAAGAUGGUAUAUCUGGUAGCACCAAAAUAUAUGGAAAAAAUACGCUUCAACACAAAGAUAGCCUUUUAUUAAAUUAUCAAAAUGUUACUCAACAAAGCCAAAUAAACACUAACAAUGUUAAAGGAAAUAUGAUGCGUUCAAUUUCAGCUUUUGAAACCCCUACAAAUAAACUAAAAGCGUAUAAUAUUGAUAAAUUCCUAUACUCCAAAAGUAACACAUAUAAUGUAGAUAAUGAUAAAAAAGAAUAUAUUCCGUUUGAGCAAGAAAUAAACCCAAAUUCAAUAAACCAAGAUUCUGCUGUACCAAAUAAUAAAAAUAUAAGUCUUAAUCCUUUAGAAAAAUUAACAUCAAAAUGUCGUGUGGAAAAUAAAAAUAAUACAAUACAUGAAGUAAAUAAUUUAUUUAAUAAGCCCAACGUAUUAGACACUGCUGACAAUGGCGAAAAAAAUAAAAAUACUGAAAUAACUCUUAAUCCCAAUUUAGCAGAAACUAAUCUAAAUGAGAAUUAUAUUGAUCUUAUAAAUAAUAAUUUAUUAAAUAUGAAAAAGAAUAUAAAUGGUUCACAUGAAUUUGACACAAGAGAAAGCGAAUUAAAUAUAAACGAAAUAAAUUUUAAAGCUACUAUUAUGAAUUCGCAUGAUCAUGAUCUUGAAAAGCUGAAAACAAAACAUAAUAUAAUUAAUAGUGGAAAUAAUGCUAGUGCAAUUGAUGGCAUAAAUGAAAUAUUAUUAUCCAUGUCAAAAAGUCACAAAGAAUUUAAUGCCCCAUUGAAUGCUUUAAAUGAAGAAUCACAAAACAAUGAUUUAUAUGAAAAAUCAAAACAUACUAAACUGAAUAAAUUAAUAAAAAAGAAACAGGAAUUAAAAGCUAAUAUUUUAGAAACACGUUCCUCUAUUUAUAAUGUAAAAAAGCAGCAGCAUCAAAAUUUGCAUAGUAUUCCCAAAUCUCAGGAAUCUAUAUAUUUUAAAAUGAAAGCACUGACGGAAGUUGAAAAAAAAGCACUAGGCGAUGAUUAUAAUGACGCUACAGUGUAUAAAAAAUUUGAUCCUUGUAAAAAUAAAAUAGAAACAAUUGCCAAAAUUCAUCGAAAUGAUACAAAUGAUAAUGAUUUUGUACCAAAAAAACUAGUAACAAGUAAUGAGUCAUUCCGAUCGUUUUUUAGUAAACAUAUGAAUAACAUUGAAGAUCUAAAUAGUUCAGAUAAAAUAUUUAUAGAGAAAUUUGAACGUCUUAAAAAUGAUAAUAAAGAUACAAACAAUUUAUGUAACCUAAAAAGCAAUAUUGUUAAUACUACUAAAAACAAAGUAACUAAAUAUAAAAUGAAUGCUUCUAGUGAAUUGACUACAACUGGCUCAGAAUCACAUUACUUAGGAAAAAAAAAGGCUCUAAUCAUUACACUAAGUUAUAAUGGUUUAUUGGAAGGAUGCAAAAAUGAUACGGCUCAAAUAUGUAAGCAUUUAGUAGAAUCAUUUAAUUUUAAUGAAUUGACUUUAUUAAAUGAUUCUAAUUUUUGUUAUAAAAAUUAUGUUGCACAAAAAGCUACUAGAAAAAAUAUUAUAAACCAUUUACGUGAUUUUAUUAUUAAUUCCAAUAAUGGUGAUAUUCUAUUUUUUUAUUAUUGUGGUUAUUCUACCAAAAUUAUUGAUUCAAAAUUUAGCGAGGAUAACAAUUUUGCAUUAUUACCACAAGAUUAUUCUAAUAAUAAAUAUAUAUAUUCAAAUGAAAUAUGCCAUAUAAUUAAAAAAUUAAAAGGAGGUAAACAAUUAUGCAUUAUAUUUGAUACUACUUAUUCAUCAUAUUUCGUUCCGACACCUAUAUCUAUAACAUAUAAUAAAAGUAUAAAUGCAACUGAAUUGCCCAAAAAUGAACAUUUACCAUUUUCAUACAAGAAAAAUGCUUAUUCAUUUAAAAUGUUUGGAAAAAUUAAAGAUAGACAUACCGAUCCAAUUUAUAUAGAAAAUGUUAAGAAACCUGAAAACAAUAAAUUCCCUGAAAAAAAACACAUAAAAGAUGAAAAUCAGGCCCUUGUUCCAUCCAUAUUUUUCUUUUCUCCGGAUUUUCGAGAUAGGAAUGAAUAUGAGCUGCUCAUUAAUGGGAAAUUUAGGGGCUUAUUAACAUAUUGUAUAGGAAAAUCCAUAAAAUUGUUGAAAUCGAAUUUUUCAUAUCAUGAUCUAUUUCUCUUAUCAUCUCAAAUGCUUCUUAAUAUUAAAAAAAAAUACAAAAUAAAAUAUAUAAAUUUUAGGUUAUCUUUCCUAAAUGAGUAUUCUCCCGAUGAUAUAAAAUUUUUAUCGCAUGAAAGCCUUUAUUUAUACAAAAAAAGACAAAUUGAAGAGCCAUUAUGGAAAACAUCCAUAAGAUUGGGUAGCAUAAAUGAAUCGAUCAAAAGCAAGUUUAGUUCGAAAGCGAGUGAAUUAUCGCUAAACAUAUCAAAAAUGUGCUUAUUAAUUUUUAUAAAAGACAUUCAAUUCUUCUCAAAAACUAAAAUCGAUACUUCAAUUGAAUAUUUUGUAAGUUGUUUUAUUAAACCAAAAAACGUAAAUAUCCUUUGCGUCAGACGAAAAAAUACAAAAACACAAAAAGUCGUUAGGGAUAAAAUAUUUUUCUUGGAAUACAUUGUUUUAGGCCUUGGCAACAUAAAAAAUGCCAAAUUUUAUGUGGAACUUUUUAAAAAGAAGAAAAAAAAUUAUUUUGUUGCUCGAAGCGUCUUUAAUAUAAAAAACACGGAUGGAAGAUAUUCUUUAGUUGAUGAAAAGGAGAACAUCAUUGGCAUUAUAGAUUUGAAUGUAAAACACAUAAUAGAGAAUUAG